AUGGACCUGCCGGCUACAUGUUACGGCACACUCGACAAGAAAAACCCAGUUAUUACAGGGUUUAAACGAGAAAUUAACUCUUUCUUAACACUGAUGAAACGAGCAACGUCCGGCAGGGACCCGGACAACCUCUCCACAGCCAGAGGAAUCAAAAUCCUGGUGGAGAUAUGGAAGAAGUACAAACAUCGACUGCCUGCAAAGUUAUACCACGAACACAUCCUUCAAAUUGCAGAUUUUCUUUGUGGAAAGAAGUUGUAUCAGCUGGCUCUGUGGUACGGCUACAGCCUCCAUCUGUUGCAGUUUAGUUCAGUGAAAAUAACUGACAUAACAGAUGUGGACCACUUCAUGGCCUGCUUCUUCCCUGGGGGGUUCGACGAAGACCCAGAUACUGUUGUCAUGAAGGGCCGAGCAAUGCUUGGCAGUGUCAUCUGUAUAUCUGAGCUGGAGAAACAGCCCAGAAUCCUCCUCAGCCAGGAGGGACUCUGUCAACUGCUGCGUGUGCUGAACUUCAUUUGGAUCAUGUUGCAAGCGUUUCAACAACAUCAACACAUCUCCCAGCAGAUAUAUGAAGGUCUAGCGCACAUUUACAACAUCUGCCGUCACCUCAUGACCAUGGAGUGCAGUGCACAGGCACUGAAGUAUCUCCUGUGGGCAAGCAUCAGUUUAGAGACGUCCCCCUCGCUGAUGACAGCCAAUUGUCUCCCACUGAUUGUCACUCUCUACUGUGCGGUCUGUCAGUGUUACUACGACAACCAUGCUGAGGGGCAAGCAAAGCAUUAUGCCAAAAGAGCCCUUGAAAAAAUCCAUGAGCUUGAGCAGCUGGAGGGGAAAAGUGAGAUUCCUGCCACCAGAGAGACACAGAGAGCUUACAGAGAAGCUUCAGUCAAGCUGACUAUCAUGAUUUCCAAGCAGGCGGUGUUUGAGACCAGACCAGACCAAAGCAAAAAGACUCUGAGAGGCAUCACCAAAGUGGUUCGGCGUCCUAACGAAACCGACCGCGUGCUCACAGACCUGUUUGACUGCGGCGCAGCAAAGUUCCUGGGCAUUUUGGAGGCCCUGUCGGACAGCACCACCCGACCCCUGCAGACGAAGAUCCCAGAUGAAGCUUGGCGGCAGGAGGUGGUCCUACAACUCCUAUCUGCUGGCUUAAGGAUACUAUCUGGAAAGACAAGUACCGGUACUGGGAGACGAAGUACCGAUGACCAGCCAUACCUAUCGCCUGCUACACUGACAGCAACAUCAUCUCUAAUUGAUGCAGCAGUUACAGGUGAAAACCGAAUACCCAUCUUAUCUGCGGUGAGGUUCAUCAAAUUACUUCUUCAAUACAAGCAGCCUGGAGUGUUUGCCGAAGUUGCCGAAGAGAUGCUGCGUAUCUUGUCUGGUGUUGAAGGUCAGCCAUUCAGGAAGGCUGAGCGGGAACUCGCAUUACUUUGCAGCUUCAACAAUGUCAUGUUUUGUCAGGGGAGCGAUACUGGAGACGUCAUGAAGAAUGACAGGUGCAAGUCGUCUGUCUCUAUGAGUGACGAGCUCACUGGUCUGGUAGACACCCUGCAGAAGACAGUCUGUGGCUCCUUUCCUGAUAUGCAGCCAGAUGGGGCCAUGGUUCUGGAUACUGUGUUAUUUCUGUGGGAUCAGGUGCAGAAGGCCUUGGAAAUGGAUCGGGUGCAAAAGCCAACGUUCACACACCACCUGCCGAAGAUGGCUACUUUUGACAGGUGGGUGUGGUGCCUGUUUGUGCUGUGUGAGGUGGCCCUUUUCUGUGAGCAGGCAGCAGUUGACCAUAAAACAGCGGCAGAAAUGAUUUGCACAUUAGGUAUAAUGGUAGAGAAAGGAGUUGAAAAUAUACAUCAAACACAAAAGUCAGCUUUUAAAGGAGAUUGUGACUAUUUGAACUCCAGGCUAUAUCCUCAGGUUGAGAGUUCAAACACAGUUGAAAAAGUCACACUGCUUAAAAAGGUGUGUGAACUGGUGAAGAAGGCUCUUGAAAGUCUGGCCAAGGGUGUAUCUACAUUUCUCCCACAUGACUGCUCAGCAAUCACUGACACCGCUUUCAUGCAGAAAUCCACCCCACCUCAUCAACUCAACGCUUCUGCAACUAUUUCAGCAGAAGGAAAAGAAACAGAUGAAAAUAUGAACAAAAAGGAAGAAAGUGAAUCUGAGGUAGAAUCAGAUUUUGAAGGCUGUCAGCAGACUGGGUCUCCACGUGUGUUUCAGCUGGUUAAAGAUCUUCAUCUAAAGUUGAACAUCACAUACCACAGGGCUUCCCUCAAGUUACUGCAGCUGAAUGCAGUUGCAGAGCCUGAACUGUUGGAGCAGAUCAACAAGAACAAAGUGUCCAAAGCUCUUUUUCUGAUGCAGAAGGCUCUGCUGGAGCACAACACGGCUUCUGGUGAUAGCAGCAGGACCAGCAGUCUUCUCGAGGAGGCCUCCACGCUUAUAGAGAAAGCAGAGAUGGAGGAGAGGAAACUCUACAGGACCACCACUCUGCCUCCAAGGAAGAAUCAAACACUUAAAGGGAAAAGAGAAAGCCCCCCACCUCCUCCCAUCCUGCUUUCACGCACUGACCACUCCUUCACCUUCGCCCCAGCUCCCUAUGACUUGGAUGGGCAGGUGUGUUGGUAUCAGCUUCACGGGAAGGUGGCAGAGGGCAUUAACAAAAAGGUCCGCCUCAUAGACUGUAGCCUGCCAGGAACUGGGAAUAUGGUACCAGCAGUUUCUGGUGAGUGUGUGCUGAGGGUGGACGGCCUGCAGCCGAACCAGAAAUACGCUUUUGCUGCAGCAGCCUACAACCGUGAGGGGAAACUCCUGGGAGACGCUAUAGGGGAGACGACAUUACCACUGCUGGCAUCCAUGCCUGCCCCCCUGCUCUCCACAUGGGCUCACCUGGCACAGGUGGCGUUUCAGACUCAGCAGUAUGCUGUAGCUAAGAGAGCCUGUAAGGAACUCUGGGGCCAUUAUGUGGAUCAAAACUGUGGGUCCAACAGCACACAACAUAGACUUGCUACCAAUGGACUACAUAAACAAACCAUUCAACACUCGUCACCUUACCUGUGCCAGCUGUUCUUGACCUCCAUCUUUAUUGAGACAGAAAUCAAUGUUCGGCAGGGAUCCCUCUACUCGGACUCAUUCAGUCCCAGAGGACCGUUUAUCUGGGAGCAGGAAGCCAGACUGGCAGAGUGUGAACAAAUGCUGGUGGCUAUGGACUUUGCGAUGUGUUUGAACAAAGGCGAUUUUGCUGUGCAGGCCGUGAUUACCUGCUACAAAUUGUUAGAGCCUAUAAUCUUCCAUCAGGUCGUACAUGACCCUGUGGUGCAGGUGCUGACCAAGUGCUUGGUCGUUUUGGAGCAGAAUUCAGCUUUUCUCCAACAGAACUGGACCGAAAGCACCUCCGAGUCACUUUUGCACAUGAUAGCCUGCAUAACCUUUUACCUGUCAAAGGCCUUACGUGCACAACGCCACCAUCAGCUGGCUGCUGCCAUGAUAGACUGUGGUAUAAAGGUGCUUCAGAAGUUCUAUGAUGCCCAGCUUCAAAUCAGCAAACCUUCCAACCUUGAUGAGCUUAUGGGGGCUCCUGCUGCUGGACAUGUGAAAAUAAGCCUGCGUAUAGAAGCACUGCACAGGGAAAAAAAUGCUCUCAAAGUGAACAGUGGUCGUCACUCGCAGUCGCUUGGAUCAGAGCAUGGAGGAGAAGUAUUCAGGAAAUCGACUAUACAUGAGAAUGCCAUCAAACUGUACGAUCAGAUCUCCAGCGCCACAUUACAGGACGCGUAUCAAGCCGUGAGGACACACAGAAAAAAGUCAUAUUUUCUUGAGUCCGCCAAACUUCUACUGCAGAGAACUAUGGAGGAAGGUCAACCAGACCUGGUGUUAAAAUGGGGACGAUCCAUGUUAGCCUUCCUCUCCAGACGUGACAGAGAGAUACAAUAUUUGGAGCCAUACAGCAAAAGAAAAUCUGACACACUCCUUGUGAAGACCAUGAACCCACAAGGCUAUAUAAGGAGAAUGCUGAAGCAGAGACUGCCCGAGACUCUGCUCAAGGGCGUGAAUACCAUCAGAAAACUGGACAUCGUGGAGAACCUGCUGUUCAUGAUGCCGUCUGUGGCGGUGCGGCUCAAGAAGAAGCUGCAGCUGAGGAAUCUCUGCUCCAAGGAGAGACUCCCGAGGUCCCACAUGAACUACGUCGUAGCUCAGGCUAAGUUAGCACUGCUUUAUCAAGGCUUGGACCUACACUACAGUUACAGUUACAGCCAUAUUAAUCCCUUGGACUUUUCUCUGGCUUCCACCGGAGUCCUGGUGAGGAGGACUAGACACAGACAGCAUUCUUCAGAAUAUAAUGUUGUAUCAGAGAAGAGGACAUCACCUGCUCAUCUUAAGGAUCCAAAUGAAGACAGGGACAAAAAGGAGGUUCUAUCUGAUGAUUCUGCCCCUGAGGAGAGUUGUGAGAAUGAAGAGAGUACUGUUGCUAGGGUCCUGGAUUUUGCCAGCACGGCUGCUUUACAUUUUCGUAGAGCUAUGGUGCUGGCUCACCGGGGCGGCCAUUGGAAACUUCUGCUGCAAGUGUGUCAUACUCUGUGGGACCAAAGCCAAAGAAUCACCCUCAUAGUAAACAGAGCCGUUCAGCUUGAAACCCAGGCCCACCUCCUAGCAGAACAGCUGCUCAGCAUCUUAACCAAACUGCUGCUGCUGGCGACUGACCUCAUCAUGGACAUGCUGACCAAACUGGAGCUUUGGCAUUUGUACGAUCAAGACUUGACGGAGGAGGAGUUAGAGUCCAGUCUUCACUUCUCCGCUGCACUGGAUGACAGCACGCUGGUGGAUCCGCGCUGGGUUCGCACACUGGUGUUGCACACCCUGGAGCAGCUCCAUAACAGCGGCAAAUGGGAAAGUCUAGCCCACUUUGCUCUACUGUUCAACUCAUACACACGGGAACGUUACGCUUUGAUAAUUGCUCCGCUGCUUGUCCACGCUCAGAGGAGGCUGCUUGAAAGGAUCAGUUCUUCAGGAGGACCCGGAGUCCCACAACCACACCACGUCAAGACACAGAUGGCCACUGGCUUGGAGGUGACUAAUAGAAGUUAUGCAGGCUGCCAGCUGCUCAGUGGGUGGACCUGCCACAGUGCACAGCAAAGGCACAAGCACAAACAAACAAAACAUAACAAAUCCUUCUCUAGAGAUGCUGUUUCACUGAAAGAUGCAGAGAUGCAGCGCUCCAUGUCGCUCGUGUGUGUUCCUCUGGAUGUGGAAGAAACACUCAGCUGUUACCGCCAAGCUUUCGAAAAGAGACCAUAUUGCCUUAAAUUGCUGCAGCAUAGCCGGUCACUGCUGGCGCUGCUUCUGGCAAACACACAGCCCUGCUUUGCCACGCAGGUCAGGCAGAGCCAGAGCCAGAGCAGAAGUCUCAGCCGCUCAGCCAGCCAAGUGGCCGUCAGUCCCUUCGUUAUUCCCACUCCACAAGUCCAGCCCUGUGACCUGAGCGAGAAGGACUUUAGUAGUCCAAAUGACAUCUAUAGCCUGCCAAUCAGCCCAGACUACACGCGGACCGUCACUGCAGCGUACUCCAACUGCAUCAGGUAUCUUAAGGCUGGCGGUCAUGAGUCCCUUCAAGUUCUGGCACUGCAUGAAAUGGGAAACCUGCACUUCUACACUGGAAACACACGGGAAGCACACUCGUGCUGGAGUAAGGCGGUAGACCAGACCUUGCAGUGCUCCGGUGUUCUAGAGAAAUGGGAUGGCGAGAGCUUUGGGGAAAGCUCUUCGCAGAUAACUGUAAAACAGGCUGGCAUUUGGGGAUGUUUUCAGGCUGCUGUUCUCAGUGCUAAGAUAGCACUGUUUAUCUUAACUUCGGACAUCGGCCAGCGAACCAAGUGCUGUCUGCUGUCUGCUCACCUCUUCAAGUGUGUGCUACGUUGCUCCAUGGCUCAGCCCCAAACCGACCUGGGGUACGCCACCCACACCAUCAGCGGUGAACUCCUCCCCGGAGUCGAUCUUUUCUCUGAGCCCACCAGACUCCACCUCGGCACAACGGUCACCAGCCUUAACUUCAUUAGCCAAUGGCUCUACACCACAGGCUACUACAUCACACUUCUGCCUGUGCUCGCCCUAUAUCUGUAUUUUGUGGGGCCAGUGUGCAGAGAUGUCCAACGCACGGUUGAAGGCAAAAUCCUCAAGGUACGUGCUCUUACUGAACUGUGUCUGUUCACCGAAGCUCUGAAGGAAGCACUUCAGCUCACACAAGCGACGGAUGUGUUCCUGCCGCAUGGAGUAUUCAAAGUCAAAGCAAAUCAAAACCCCAUGAAGACAUUCUGCAGCAACAAGUCUCUUCUGGACAACCUGGAGGUCCUGGAAGACCUGGUGAACUGUGACUUUACUCCAGAGGUCCGUGUGCUGUAUGGUCCAACACUGUGCGCCAGAUUCAACCUUGCUCGUGUGCAACUGAUCCUAACACUCACCAAGUCUGUGCAUGGCCCCCCAGAGAAGGAAAAGCUCACUCCAGAGAGGGUUAUGUCUCUUUUACUGGGAGGAGCAUUGUCUCUGUUGCGCUCCGUUGUGCAGCAGCUCCCAUCUCUUCCCUGCAGUGACGUGGAGAUCUUGGAACUGAAAGCAGAAGCCAAACUUCUCAAAGCCAACCUCUGCUUACAGUCAGGGGAAGCUGCUCUGAGCUUUAAGACUGCACGUUCAUCUUUGGUCCUACUGCAAACAUCAGAUAUCUUUGCGAGCGGUUCCAGACCUGAAAUUGAAAAGGGUUCUAAAGACAGCAGCGUGCCACACGCCGUGCAUGGAGAUUGCCCCGGGGCUGUUGAGGCCAGCGAGAGGAUGGGAGCUUCUCUGUGGCUGCGCUGCCGCUUGAGUCUGGUCCGCAGCCUGGUUGCAAACAUCCCUGGCAACGCAGCUCUGCUCCCAGGUAAAAACAUAAAUAGGGAAACAAUCCGGGUCAUACUGGUGGGUGUUGAUGAGUGUGAUCAAUGGGGAGACCGGGAUAGUCAAGCCCUGUUCAUGGUGGAAGGUGCAGAACUGGAAGCACAGAGAGGAAGGAUGGAGGAGAGCACGGCACUACUGCAGCAAGCAGUGGGGCUGCUAUCGGACCGGACAUACAUGCCACCGGGGUCUGUCUUGACUCUGGCUCGGGCCACUUUGCUGCUCAUUGGCCUGAGAGGAGCACAGAGCACAGCGGUUCUUCAGCUGACCCAGAAACUCCUGGAAAAGCAGCUCUCUGUUUUUGGUCAGAAUGUGACGUUGGUUGAUGGAAAAAUUUGUUUCUCUCCCCCUGGACCUACAAACAUCUACCUCCCUUACCUCGACAUACUGGACAAGAUCAAUAACAGGAUAACAGGAAAAAAAGUCUUAAAGUUUCCUUCUUGAAUCUCCACAACAUGGAGGAGCCAGUAUCUGCCCAGUCAGCGCAAUCUGGUCCCAGAGAGGAUCUGCACCGAUCCAUCCAGACAGAGACUCAACCGAUUCCCCUCCCGAGUGGCCCUUAAAGAUCCAGUCCUAACCAAUAUUUCUCCCUUACCACUGCGUUCUGCCAGUAAUUUAAUAAACUCUUGUUGAAUGUUGAAUAUGUUGAAUAGUGCAGCAGAGACUGCUAUUAAG